AUGAACGUCUUCCAAGAACAACGAGGAAUGAUCUCUCUUUUCGCCUCCGAAGGCCAAAGAGAGGGGGCCAUUAUUGCCGUCGUCCUCGAAGAACUCAAACUCCCCUAUCGCCUUCAUCUGGUCGAAAAACCAGAAGAUAUUGAUGCGAAAAGUCUCCCGGUGCUCAGAAACAUUCAAAGCGACGGCGAGUCCAUCGAUCGUUCCGGGUUCCACGAUGUUGUGUCGUACCUGAUUGCGCGCUAUGACACAGCUCACGAGGUGUCCUAUAAGAAGGGCUCCAAGGAGGAUGAUGAGGUCAACAGAUUAGUUGCAUCCUUAACUGAGCCCAAUGCAGCCCAUCCGGAAGAGCACCGCUUCGAUCUCGAUGCAAAGGAUGGCAUCCCCUUCGCCAGAAAGGCUAUCAGCCUGUAUCUUCACCUUGAGCAGCAUCUGCAGAAGUCGCACAGUAACUACCUGGUGGGCAAGAAGUGCACCCUUGCGGAUCUCCUCCAUCUCCCCUACGUGGCUGCCGCAGGCUCAGCUGGCCUCGACCUUGAGAGGUUCCCGGAGCUGACAAUAUGGUACGAUCGGGUUUAUCAGCGUCCGGCAGUGCAGAAAGGCUUCGCUGCUGUUCAUCUGAAGAUCCGUGGAUAG